UACUACCAACCCCAAAUUGAAUAGGAUUAGUUUACUUUAACUAGGAAUGCUUUCUUCCGACUUUCUGGAAUUCAAAAGAUUGUGAUCCAUUUCCUUUACCACAACAAAAUAAAUUCUUUCGAAUUUUCAAUUUAGCCACUUUUGAGAAUUUUCUAAAAAUGGCCGAAUUUGUGAUCUGCAACAAGUGUCUGUCCACGGACAAUUCAAAUGUGCCUUUUUACUUCACAACCUGCGGUCAUCUGCAAUGUGAAGGUUGCGUAGCAAAGUCGGACAAGACCAAGUGCGUAGUAUGCAAGCUACCUACCGACCUAAAACCUUUAACUAAUCUGGGACCAGAAAUGCAGCCAUUUUUUAACUCAAUCUGCGAUGUUUUGGAUCAAGCAAAACAGGUCUCUACCUUCCAAGAUUAUAAUAAGAAUUUAAUCACACAAAGUUUAACUGAUAAACACAGACUUGUCAAACAAAAAUUGUAUAAAUGCUAUAAAACACUGCAGGGCAUGAAAAAAGAAAAUGCUAUGCUUCGUUUAGUGAUACAGAAUAUGGUUAAAACGGCGCCUGCGGGCUCGCCUAUGGCAGGUGUACUUUCCCCUGGAAAUUCGGAUAUAUCAUCAAUUUUCUCAAGACGACCGAGUUCGGUUGCAUUUUCCCUACCAGGACAACCAACAAGUACUGCUUGGAAUAAUUCUUCCAAAAAUGUUAGUCCCAUGUUUAAUCCAUCAUUGGAGGACAGUCGCUCCUUUAUGAUCCCUUCCCAAUCGUCAGUGAGCGCGAAUGUCAUCGAGGAUUCAUUUGAUGAUCGAAGAAUUUCCAAUUCGGCCAGUGUCUCACAACAAAGAUCUUCGCUAAUGAAGUAUAUGAGUCAGCUCAAUUUAGCUUCUAAAGAUAAACCUUCUUAGGAAAAAUCACUGAGUUCCAAUUUAUUUGCUUCUAAGUAAAAUUGUAUUCAGAAUUAAUUUUUUUUUCGUUGUUUAGCUUAAUUCUCCACUAAGAAUUAUUUUAAUCUUUGUUUAGAUUGUAGUGUUGUUUAUGUAAUAUUCUGUAGAAAAAAUGUAAUAAAGUUGAGUUCAUCCUUUCAGAAAUUUA